GCCAUCUCUGAAGUACAGCAUAUACACUGAUAUUUAAAGUACUUGCUUAAAUAAUAGCCGCACUUCCAAGAAGAAAAUAAAGAACAUGUGUCAGGUUACACAUUUGUGCCAGCGUUUAUUGCUCACAACAAUAUGUGAGGAACUUCUUUAGAAGUCUCAGCGGGUGCAUAGCUGGAGUGUGAGAGCAGGGUGUGUGCUAUAUCUGGACACAGACAGUUAAAGGACGUCAGUAAGUUAACAAACCCUUCUCUGCAGCUUUCUUCAAUAUCUAACAGAUCUUUCAGCAAAAAUGGCAAAUGGAAAACGUGGCAUUCCUCUGAGCACAAUCAGUCCAAAAUUUCUUCAUGCUAAUUCCACGAGUCACACUUGGCCAUUUAGUGCUAUAGCUGAGCUGAUCGAUAAUGCUUAUGACCCAGAUGUUCAUGCCAGACAGAUCUGGAUAGACUGGACACGCAUCAGAGGACUCGACUGCCUCUCGUUUAUGGAUAACGGGGAGGGUUUGACCAGAGCCAGACUACAUAAGAUGCUCAGCUUUGGUUUCAGUGAGAAGAAAGCAGCGAAAUUUCACAUUCCAGUUGGUGUGUACGGCAAUGGGUUUAAAUCAGGGUCCAUGCGUCUGGGAAAAGAUGCCAUUGUUUUCACGAAGACCAGAGACGCCAUGAGUGUGGGACUCCUGUCCCAGUCUUACCUUGAGGCCAUCGGAGCACAGCGAGUCUUGGUGCCCAUGAUCACGUUUAGACGCGAUGGACAUAACCAUGUAGAGGAUGGAGCCAGUCUGAGAGCGAUCCUCACACACUCGCUCUUCAAUUCAGAGAAAGAGCUGUUUGCAGAGCUUCGCGCCAUCAGCGCAGCCGGACCCACAGGAACUCGUAUCAUAAUCUGGAACCUUCGCACGACCACAAAUGGCGAGACUGAAUUUGACUUUGACACAGAUAAGUAUGACAUUCUGAUCAGGGUGAACACCAGUGACAAGAGCAACAUGACCCCAGAAAGUGAAUACUCCUUACGGGCAUACUGUAGCAUCUUAUACCUGAAGCCUCGCAUGCAAAUCAUUAUUCGAGGGCAAAGAGUGAAGAGUCAGCUGAUAUCCAAAAGUCUGGCUCAUAUUGCGCAGGACAACUACAGACCCUCGUUCCUUAACAAGCGUGUACGCAUCACUUUCGGAUACAACACCAAAAGCAAAGAGCAUUAUGGGAUUAUGAUGUACCAUAAGAACAGGCUAAUAAAACCAUAUGUGAAAGUGAGCUGCCAAUGUAAGGCCGAAAGAAAAGGUGUGGGCGUUAUUGGUGUUAUAGAGUGCAAUUUCCUUCAGCCCACUCACAACAAACAAGACUUUGAUGACACCGAUAAAUACAGGAAGAUCAUGCACAACCUCAGCAUAAAGCUGGAGGAGUAUUGGAACGAAAUCCGCUACAAACGAAAGAAAGAGGACCCAAAGUGCACAGUAGCAAUAGAGGAUGUGUUGAAAGUUCCAGAUCAAGUGUGGGUUCAGUGUGACAGCUGCCUGAAGUGGAGGAGGCUUCCAGAUGCCAUCACUGAGCUGCCGGAAAAAUGGUUCUGCAGCAUGAACUAUGACCCACAGUUCAGGAGCUGCUCGGUUGAGGAAGAACUAGAGGAUGAGGAGGAAGAUCAGAAGUCGUACCCUAAACCCUUUAAACGCCAGAGGAGAAAUACAAAGAGUCUCCUUGAGGAGAACGUUCCAGAUAGCACACAGACUCAAGAGCGACCAGCGUUAACAACCACUCAGGCACCCAGACAUCCACCAACCUCUGUUAUGUCUGGACUGUCUUUAGCUGAGAAGUCUCCAUUGCCCCUCAUUAACCUGACUGCUGUCUCCAACUCUCUAAGAAGAGCAAAACAGAAGUUUUUUGCCAUAGAAACACAGAUGGAGGUGACGCCAUCCUUUCCUGUCCCCUCUCUCACCCCACCACAGGAGCGCUCCUCUCAGACUCACUGGCCUGCUUUGAAUGAGGAGAGAAAGCCUCUCACUCAAUCCGACACACUCGUGAGCAAAGCCGUGUGCAGCAUGAUGGAAGGAACUGAGUCGCAUCAGGGGCCCGCCGCUGAAGAAGAGACAUGUGAAAGAGAUGCAUCAUCUGGGACAGGGGGGGAAUACAGCUCAACUGCGGAGCAGAUAAUUGAAUUGCCCCUGAAAAAUGAGAAGAAAAGGGUGGUGCAUCAUGAAGGUCAUGUUGAUGAUGAAGAAGAGCAGGAGGAAGAGGAAUGUAACUUGGCAGAGGUGCAACAGUGGCAGGAUGAGCUAAUGGAGCUGAUGAACGAGACGGCGGAGGACAAAGACACGUGCCUUCAGGAAAUAGAGGUGCUUAGAGAGCACAGCGCCGCCCUGGAGGACGAAAGGAACCAGCUCAUCAGCAGGCUGGAGAGUGCAGAAGAAGAGAAGAGCAGGCUUUCUGCCCUGUGCCGUCAGCUGAGUAGUCAACUGUCAGAGCUCAGGGAACACAGCCAGAGAGGAAAGGAAGAGAAAGACGACAGCUCCAAACUGAGGACGCUGCGUCUAAACCUGAGUCGUCUGCUGGUGUCUUUCAUUCCCUCUCUUCAUCUUGAGCAUGUGGACUACAACAGUGAUGUCAUAGAUACCAUCCUCACCCAGGUACAUAGAAGCUGUAUUUGCAUGCCUAGAAAAUAGCACAACCAAGAUGGCCGCUGAUUGAACUGACCUGCUCCAAUAAAGACUUAAUUUGUUCACAUUCAGGUACUAGAUGUUCAUUUAUCAUAGAUUUAAUGAAGUUCUUUUCCACUAUGACCUCUAAUUAUAUCUUGCUCCUUACACACAUAUCGGUCUU